UAGACACAUUCAGCAGAUUCAAGUCAUCUAAAUCCGUCCACAUCUAAAAAUAAACCAAACAGCCUAUUACCCUGCAAAACAAAAACACACAGGCUUCCUGAUGGAAAACUCAAGAGCACUGACUCGGAUCAGCAGAAAUGGAUGACCCUGAGCAGGAGGGCAUAGACGAGGAGCUGGUUGAGUUUGCCAUUCGAGAGAGCAUUCAAGAUGCCUACAAGCUGUCAUGUUCAGGACAGAGAAACAGCAGGAAAGGACCAAACUGUGAAGAUUUUACAAAGAUUAUUGCAGCCAUUCACAAAGGUGAUGUGGACGUGCUGCAGGCGCUGUCAUGUUGUGUAUCUGCCUUCCGUGAGAGGGACAGCAGAGGCUGGCAGGCUCUGCAUGCAGCUGCCGUGCAGCCGCAGCAACAGAUCCUGCAUGUGGUGCUGCAGGUGCUAACGUCCGUUGACAUGACCCUGGAGGAGCCGACGGAGGAUGGAGACACAGCUCUGACUCUGGCGGUCGACGCCGACCGGGUGGAGAACGUGAAGAUGCUGCUACAGCACGGAGCUUCACCCCACAACACCAACAGGAGAAACGAGUCGCCUCUGCUCAUUGCAGUGAGAAAGAGCUCAUAUGACAUGGUGUUAUCCCUCAUCAUGGGCGGCGCCUUUGUGGAGCAGGUGUGUCUAAGGAAGUGGACGGCCACCCAUGAAGCGGCAAAGGUGGGCUGUCCAGUUAUCCUGAUGCUGCUGCUUAGACACGGAGCCAAAGUAACAGCUACAGAUGGUCAUGGCGUGACGCCCCUUGGAAUUGCAGCUGAACAUGGAAACGCUGACGCUUUAGAAAUACUCAUACGGCAUGGUGGCGAUGUAAAUGCCCGGGCCAAAAAUGGGGACACAGUCCUGUAUGAUGCAUCUGGGUCUGGAAACCUGGACUGCAUCGUGCUGCUUUUGCAGCAGGGAGCAAACCCAAACGUGGCCAGCUACGCCUGUCAACUGCCCAUCCACAGAGCUGCAUACGACGGCCACAUACUAGCUCUCAGGACUCUCAUCCCCGUCACCACAAAGAGAGCAAUUCGUCUCUCUGGCCAGAGCCCGGUCCACUCUGCAGCCGACGGGGGGCAGGCUGAAUGUCUGGAGCUACUUAUCCACAAAGGCUUUGAUGUCAACGCCCUGUUAGAUACCCACAUCUCUGAGAACUACGGGGACCUAAGGAAGACUCCGCUGUACUUCGCCGUUUCCAACAACGACGUCACCUGCUCUGAGACGUUGCUGGCAGCUGGAGCGAACACCGACCUGGACACCCUGAGAUGCAUUUUGGUUGCCAUACGUGCUGAGAGGUAUGAGUUGGUGAAGCUGUUGCUGUCCUAUGGAGCGGAGGUCAACUGUUAUUUCAGAGUGAUCAGCAACACGGUGUUCCCCACUGCCCUCCAGUACUGUCUCAGAGACCGCGUCAUGCUGCGACUGCUGCUCAACAGCGGCUAUCACGCUCACAAAUGUUUCCACUGUAACCAUGGUGACAGUGAAGAAAUGGAUAGCUCCUGGACUGAGCUCCAUAACCAAGCCUACGGGGUUUAUUGUCAACCUAAUGUCAUCUCGUUCUGUGAGUUUGUGUCGGUGUCGUGGCUGAAGCAUCAGGCAGGCGGCAUCGUGAAGAUCCUGUUAGACUACACCAACCAUGUCAGGAUCUGCCCCGACCUCAGGCGCAUCCUGGAGAGGACGCCAGAGUGGGAGGAGAUUUCUACCAUACUGAGUGAGCCGCGUUCUCUGCAGCACUUGUGUCGGCUCGUAAUCAGAGGUCGUAUGAGCACGAGGACGCUGAAUGACACGGAGGCCAUGGCUGCUGCUCCUUUCCCUCCCAGGUUGAGGAGCUACCUGACCUACAGAGAAUACGACCUGUACGGUCAGCUCUCAUCUACUUGAAACACUUCUUAUUUAUACCGAGAGAAGUACAGUAGUGAUAUCAACUGGCCAGCCAGCGUUUAGUGUCUUUCAUGCCAUCUGGACGGAACAGAAACAGAUCUGAGUUGCAGUGUUGCGACUGUUCUCUUUCUAUUUGCAUCAAUUUACAUUCUCUCCCUGCACAACCACCCUGUAAAAGUACCACUAAUGCAACUGAAAAAUGCAUGUAUUCCGUAUCUAAUAGGUACUUCACGAAUCCUCAACACCCACACAGAUGUUUUCACUUCUUAAAAAUGAGAUGACUGUGAAGAGAAACUGGCCAGUCGGGGAUGAAAACUAGACUUCAGGAAAUAAACUUUAGUAGCAGAAUUCAGUGUGCACCCAUCCACCGCUGAUGCCAGGAGGCUGCUGUGCUGGUGGACGCCAUUGUUCGCUCCCUGUGCAGAUUUUAAGUGUGUAUUUUGUGUUUAGUCAGUGUGAGCUUUGAAAUAUAAAAGUGAACGAAUAUUCAUCUAAUUAUAACAUGAACUGCUCUGUUAUUUUGUAAUAAAGGACGAUUCAAAAUGUUAAGAAACAAGUGUUGUGUUAAACUUAUACAAUGUGUGUCUUUGUGAUUUGAAUGCACUGCCAUUAAUUAUAAAUCAGAUGUGUAUUUUUUGUUGAUACACCUAUGAUUUGCAGAAUCUGCUUACAAGCUAAAGUUAUCAGCAAACAGGACGAUUACUUGUUUCAGUAUUUACUUUUGAUUAGUGCAUAAUUUAGACUUUCUUAUUGUCUUUGUUUGAUCAAUAACAGUCA